GUUUUCGGCCUGCGGCGAGCUCGGUUGACAUCUGCAUGAAGACGACCGUCUUCAUAACUGUUUCAUUCGUAAAAUCAGCCGGUCGGUAGUAAAAUAGUCCGCGUUCGGUUAUUAAUACCAGCGUUAUCAGCUCCGGCAGUAGGAAUCAUUCGUCUCACGGAAUAAUUGCAGCUGUUCUCCUUUCUCGGGUGCAAAAUGGCCUGCUCCAAAACGUUCCAGGGCACAGCAGUACUGCUGAGAAACUCGGCCGUCUUCAAUGGCUGCAUCAGUAAAAGGGCCAGCUCAUGGUGGGGCGCGGUGCAGAUGGGUCCCCCGGACGUGAUCCUCGGUGUGACCGAAGCCUACAAAAAGGACACCAACCCGAAGAAGAUCAAUCUGGGCGUGGGUGCCUAUCGGGACGACAAUGGAAAACCAUUCGUGCUUCCCAGCGUCCGAAAAGCCGAGCAACGCAUGAUGGAAAAACAGCUGGACAAGGAGUACUCGCCCAUUAGCGGAACGGCCGAAUUCUGCAAGCACAGUAUUACACUUGCCCUGGGCGACGACAGCCAACACGUGGCCAACGGACAGAACGCCACCGUGCAGGCCAUCAGUGGAACCGGUGCCCUGCGUGUUGGAGGAGCCUUCCUGAAUGGGUUCUUCCCGGGUACGAAGGACAUUUAUCUGCCGACUCCAUCCUGGGGCAACCACGGUCCGAUCUUCCGGCAUUCGGGGCUGAAUGUGAAAGCCUACAGAUAUUACGACCCAAGCACCUGUGGAUUCGACUUCAAGGGAGCUCUGGAGGAUCUAUCGAAAAUCCCAGAGCGAUCCAUCGUCCUUCUGCACGCCUGCGCUCACAACCCAACCGGUGUUGAUCCCCGGCCGGAGCAGUGGGCUGAAAUGUCCGCCGUCUUCAAGAAACGCAACCUGUUCCCCUUCUUCGACAUGGCCUACCAGGGCUUUGCCAGCGGAGAUGUCGCCAAGGAUGCGCUUGCCGUCCGUGCCUUCCUGAAGGAUGGUCACCAGAUUGCGCUGGCUCAGAGUUUCGCCAAGAACAUGGGUCUUUACGGUGAACGAGCCGGAGCCUUUUCGUUGAUCUGCUCCGACAAGGAGGAAGCCGCUCGCACCAUGUCUCAGAUCAAGAUCCUGAUUCGUCCGAUGUACAGCAACCCGCCGAUUCAUGGCGCCCGCUUGGUUUCGGAAAUCUUGGGUGAUGCAAACCUGAAACAGGAAUGGCUCGGCGAUGUCAAACUGAUGGCCGAUCGAAUCAUCUCGGUGCGCACCAAACUGCAGGACAAUCUGAAAAAGUUGGGCUCUUCGCGCAACUGGCAACACAUCACCGAACAGAUCGGCAUGUUCUGCUUCACCGGAAUGGAUCAGAAGCAGUGCGAGCGACUGACCAAGGAGUUUAGCGUGUACUUGACCAAGGACGGCCGCAUCUCGAUGGCCGGAGUAACGACCAAGAACGUUGAUUACUUGGCCGAGGCCAUCCAUGCCGUCACCAAGUGAGCGGUAGUGCGCGUUGAGUAAGAAUGAUUGCAUUUUGCCUUUGUACCUUUUCCUCUUUGUUGAACAAGUUAUAUGGGAAAAGAUUCAUUUAGAUGGAGGCAUUUAAAACCAAAUUUCAAACAAGUCUGUGGAAGAGCUUUUCUAUUUUUUCGUUUUUGGAUCAAUCAAGCCGUACGUUAUAUUUAUAUAUUUACUACGAUUAAAGUGCACGAACACGAUAAAAUUAAGUCACUCGAAGAAUAUAUAUGAUAUUUCCCAAGCAAAUAACUAUUCGGUUGCAGCAUAUUAGGCGAUAGAAAUAAACAUCAUAUGUUCGAUCAAUGAA